AUCCUCAUAAGAUAAACCCUAGCAAACCCUCUCUCUCUCCCAAUCCACUCCCCUCACAUUUUUCAAUGGCAAAGAAAACCAUGGAAGUUGUGAAAGGUCUAGACGUACAGAGGUACAUGGGCCGCUGGUACGAAAUUGCUUCAUUCCCAUCAAGGUUUCAGCCCAAGAAUGGAGAGAACACAAGAGCCACCUACACUCUGAAAGAAGAUGGGACUGUGAAUGUGCUCAAUGAGACCUGGACUAAUGGGGUCAGAGGAUAUAUAGAGGGCACUGCCUGGAAGGCUGACCCUUCAAGUGAUGAGGCAAAGCUCAAAGUCAGAUUCUGGGUUCCUCCAAUUUUUCCCGUCAUCCCUGUUACUGGAGAUUACUGGGUUUUGUAUAUUGAUGAUGAAUAUCAAUAUGCUCUCAUUGGCCAGCCUAGCAGAAAUUACGUUUGGAUAUUGAGCAGGAAGCCUCAUUUGGAUGAGGAGAUUUACAACCAGCUAGUGCAGAGGGCCAAGGAUGAGGAGUAUGAUGUGAGCAAACUCCACAAGACACCACAGAAUGAGAGUCCACCAGAAGAUGCACCUAAUGACACCAAGGGUACCUGGUGGUUCAAGUCCCUCUUGGGAAAAUAGAGAAUUUCUUAUAGGAUUAGCAUGUUGGGGUUCUGAGUAUAUAUUCUCUAGUAUGGAUGAAUAAUCAGAACCCCAUUGCGCAACAUUAAGAUUUGGUUUGGUAAUUUAUGCUUUUUAGUGUGUUUUGUGGAUGCAAAUUGUUUAGAAAUUUCCAUCCGGAUAGUUUCAUGUAAGUUGUGGACUCGUGUCUGUCUGACUUGAAGGUUUUUAUGUCAUAUAUAUCUGUUUUCUA